AUGAAUAGCAAUAUCGGCAUUUUCAAUUUAGAUGAACCAUUAUCAGGGCCGGCCCCACGAUGGAAACGAAAGAGGGACGCCUGUUUCUCUACUGGAGAAAAAUCCAAGACCGGUUCUACUCCACAGAAACAUGCCAACAAAGCCAUGGCCAAUACGAGUACUAGUGGUAAAACUCCUUCAUCCAUUACGCCAGGCAUUCAUAGUAAGUCGACAAUUGGAAAAUCCAAAACGCCGAAAACGCCUAGUGCUGAUCGAUUUAUUCCUAAUCGUGACGCUAUGAAUAUGGACGUCAGCCAUCAUAAGGUAAUGAACUCAACCAACAAAGAUGAUGGUAGUCAUCAAAAUAAUAAUCGUGUGCUGUAUACGCAAAAUGUUACUAGCUCAUCCUGUAAAAAAUCCAGUCGAUUUAUUCCCAGUACACCUGAAAGAGUUUUGGACGCGCCUGACCUGGUCGAUGAUUAUUACUUAAAUUUGCUAGAUUGGAGUGUUAAUAACCAUGUCGCUAUUGCCUUGCGAAAUGUGCUAUACAUAUGGAAUGCUGGAGAUGGAACAAUACAUCAAUUAAUGCAAAUGGAAAGCACGAACGAUUACAUCUCUGCUGUUUCAUGGAUCAAAGAAGGAAAUUACUUAGCUGUUGGUACCAGCACAAAUUCGGUUCAGAUCUGGGAUGUGGGGCAAUCAAAGUGUUUACGAUCAAUGUCUGGUCAUUCAGCACGAAUAGGAGCCCUUAGCUGGAACGAGCACAUCCUGGCUAGUGGUUCUGGUAGUGGUGCUAUUCAUUGUCAUGAUGUACGUGUAGCAAAUCAUCAUAUUUCAACAUUAUCGAAUCACGUUCAAGAAGUGUGUGGUCUUAAAUGGUCUCCCAAUGGUAAAUACCUAGCUAGUGGUGGUAACGAUAAUGUGGUCACGAUUUGGCAAGAUAAUUCUAUGUUGCAUUCGUUAACUGAUCAUCAAGCUGCCGUUAAGGCUGUAUCUUGGUGUCCUUGGCACGAUAACUUAUUGGCAACUGGAGGCGGUACCGCUGAUCGAUGUAUUAAACUUUGGAAUGCAUCUACAGGAAGUUGUUUAAAUAGUAUCGAUACUGCGUCACAGGUUUGCAAUAUUUUAUGGUCGAAAGAGUACCGUGAGUUAAUUUCUGGUCAUGGGUAUUCUCAGUAUCAACUAACUAUAUGGAAGUAUCCUUCGAUGGUUCGCGUCACUGACUUGUAUGGACACACGGAUCGUGUUUUAUAUAUGACUCUAAGUCCAGAUGGAUCUACUGUAGCGUCUGCAGCUGCAGACGAGACGUUACGAUUUUGGAAAUGUUUUGCCGUUGAUAAAAAGGAAAAGGUUAAAAAGACUAAAAGUGUUGAAUAUUCUAAAUUAGCGAAAGUCAUUCGUUAG